AUGUGUUGGUCAAAUAAAGACAUAAAUAGCAUAGAAAUAGAACAUAAUUUCAUCAAGGUGAUGUUGGCGAUAUCGUCAGGUAAAGAAUUAGUGGGCCAAAGGCUCUACGCGGAAAAUCGAAUAACGUGUUUUCUAACAUUAUUUUUUAAGAAAACACAUCGCCGACACGACGCCGUCGAAGACGAAAACCACAAGUCCUCAUUACGUACUCACCUAAUAAGUUAUGUACCGACUACCGACGAAGAGAUUACUCUGGUGUUGGAAGUCGAGGGUAAACGUAGAUUAAUCGAAUGUGCUCCAAAAUUUCCCCGGGGGAUAAACAAUUCACUAUUCGGUAAAAACUAA